AUGACAGAUCACCAAAGCUCGCUAUUCAGGCCGGCAGCUUUUGCUGUCGGUGUCGCGUUGCAUGUAUGUCUCUUCCGGCUCGGAGAAUGGGAUCUUGCGACGACUAAGCUCAUCAUCGGAGCCUUUUUGUCCUGCGCGGCAUCGGGCGUCGCGUUGUGGCAAUUGUUUCCCGCCGACUAUCCCUCACUCCUCGCUAGCUUCACCACUGCAUCUCAACUAACAGGCAUUCUCAUUCUGGGGAUUGUGUGCAGCAUGAUGGUCUACAGGGGCGCUUUUCAUCGCUUGGGACACUUUCCAGGGCCUUUUUUGGCGCGUUUCUCAAACCUCUAUGUCACGAGGCUUUCCGCAAAGAAGCUUCAUUUGUACGAAGAAAUCCAGAGCCUCCACCACAAAUACGGCGACUAUGUCAGAAUUGGCCCAUCGGAAAUAUCGAUAAACGACCCAAGAGCCGUUUUACUCAUCCAUGGAGCUCAAUCAAAAUGUGGAAAGGGGCCAUGGUACGAAAUAUUACGACCCAGGGUCUCGUUGCAGAUGAUUCGUAACAAGAGCGAGCAUAUCAAACGCAGAAAGACAUGGGACCGUGGUUUCAGCGCCAAAGCUCUACGAGAUUACGAGCCCAGGGUGAUCAAGCACACGGACAACUUUAUCGCUCAACUAGAAAAAAUGGAAAACACGCCCGUUAACAUUACAGAUUGGUUCAACUUUUACAGCUUCGACGUUAUGGGAGAUUUAGCUUGGGGAAAGUCUUUCGGAAUGGUGUCAGGUGGUAUCAAACACUACUUCAUGACAUCUCUCCAUGCCGACAUGACAAACAUUGGUCUAUUUACACACAUGCUAUGGCUCUUCCCGCUAUUCAAAGCAACGCCAAUCAUCAACAGUGAGCAUAUCAAAUUCUGGAAUUGGGUCAAAGCGCAGGUCGAUGAAAGACGAAGGACCAAACCAGAAUCUCCAGACGUAUUCUCGUGGCUGCUCGAGAGCCACGAGAGUUUGGAGCAUCCCACUGCCCAAGAUGAAAUGGACUUGAUUGGCGAUGCGUAUCUUAUUGCGGUGGCUGGCAGUGAUACAACGGCAGCAAGUCUAACAUGUCUCUUCUAUGAGUUGGCACUUCACCAAGAACAGCUCAAGGCGUUACAGACAGAAGUCGAUACGUUCUCUGAAGGCCAAGAGCAGCUGGAUAUACGCGGUCUAGCAAAAUUACCACAUCUAGACGCCAUCAUCAACGAGGUUCUUCGUUUGCACCCGCCGGUGCCAUCGGGUCUCCAGAGAAUGACACCACCAGAGGGUCUGACCAUUGGCGACACUUUUGUUCCUGGCAACACCAUCGUUCAAUGUCCCACCCAUACGAUGCACCGAGAUGCGCGAUAUUUCGAGCGACCCGAUGAAUUCCUGCCUCAGCGGUGGAGUACUGAAAAGGAAUUGACCAAGGACGCCUCAGUAUUCGUUCCAUUUUCUACUGGUCGAUAUUCGUGUAUUGGAAAGCAAUUGGGCUUGAUGGAAGUCCGAUACAUGACUGCCCAGAUCGUCCGCAAAUACGACGUAGCCUUGGCAAAGGAUCAAACCCCGAAAGAUUUCGUGGACGGAAAGCGAGACACAUUCACGCUAGCUCUGGCCUCGCUCAACCUGGUAUUUACAAGAAGAAAGAAUGUGGCCUAG